AAGGAAAAAUCCUAGUAAAAGCAUUAAUUGAUACAUCAUUGAAGUUUAAUACCAUUAGUGAGAGCUUGUUCGAUAAGCUUAAAGAAGAUUAUGGAAUAGGUGAUCCUGUUGAGAAUCUUUAUGGGGAUGUAAUAGGGAGAGAUUGGUUAUGGAUGCAUGAAGCAAAAAUAAGCUUUGGAUAUUCUCCCAAAACCUGUGUCCACUAUGCUAAAAUUGUAAUCAAUGGUAUGAGUAUCCCAUUAAUCAAAGAAAAUAGUAAUAAAGCCAGCUCUAGUAAAAAUAACUUAUCUCGUUCUGAAACAGAAAUCGAUAAACCUGAUCUAAAUUUAGAAAAGUUUAUAGAUAUAUUUAAGAAAUUAUCUAUAGAGACUAAUUUAUCCAGUUCUGAUUCAGAAUCUACGGGUUCAGACUGUAAUAAAAAUAAUGAUUAUUUCGACUAUUCAGAAACAUGUCCAGCAUGUAAUGGAGAGCAUAAAAGGGAUGACGUGGGAGGUUGGUGGAGUGAUUGUGAUUAUUGUGGCGAAAAAACUUAUCGUCUCUAUUGUAAUAAAACUUUUAGUGGAAUCCCGAUA